AUGCAGCCUUCCGGACGUGGAGACGCCAGUUUCCUCGCCGGCUCAGGUGGAGACGCGUCGGGGUCUGGAGCCGUCGGUACGAGCACCCAUCGGGGACGGUCACGCGGGCCAGCCUACCACAUUCAUCACUAUGGCGGUGCCGUGUCGUCCUCGUCUCAGUUCCCCAGCCGCGGGGGGUUUGCCCCUUUGAGGCGGCGAGAGAGAGAAGAUAACGGCUUCGAUCUCGAGACGGUAGACGACCGCGUUGUCGGACCGAAAGACCGAGACGCAGGCACGCGGCCCGAGAAGACAGGCGUCUCGAGGUCCGGGAGGUCGACGGACGCUGGAAGGUUUGCGGCCGGUCGUGGAAGCGGAGAGAACCCUCUGUUCGCUUCCGGGGCACCGGCGUUCGGGGACAGUUUGCCUGCAGCGACGCCCCGUGAGGGCGUUCAGGAGCGAGGUCGCGGCGCCGAGAGAUGCGUGGUCGGCGAAGGCGAGGCCGUCUCCGUGGCGUCGUUCGCGUCUUCGUAUUUCGUGUCUGUGUCGGGUUCACGAUCCGCGGCAGACCAGUCGCAGUACACUCGCAUGUCGACAUGCACGUCGACCGCCGUCCACGUCUUCAGCUCUUGUCUCGCGUCCCACGCGGGCUCGCACCCACACCGGGGGCCGAAGGACGCGGGAAGAGGAGCGGACGACGCGGGCGCAGCCUGGCUCGGUGCCGGGGUGGAGGCGCAAACUGCCGCGGGCUCGGCAAGAGAGGCCCUCGGAGCCUCCCUUGGAGCGCAACCAGAGCAGCUUGGAGGCGCGACCGCGGUCGGAGAGGGCGGCCAGACAGGCGGGCGUGGCCACAGGAGACAGAAGAGCGCCAGUCGCAGCCAUCAUAGCAGCGCGGCGAAACGAAAGGGCGAGCACUCGAGUCGCGGAGGAAGACAGGUGUCGGGGACGCGGAGAGGACACCAGAGAAGCAAAGGAAGAGAAGGAAACGUGCCGGGAGGCCCGGUGAAACUCACUGCAGAAGUGUUGUUGCAACUCGAAGAGAUGAGUGCAGCAAGUGUCGGGUCUCCGUCCACAGCUUUUCCGUGUCUCUCUCUGGGAAGCGCGACCUCGGCAGCCUCGCUUGCCCCUCGUGACUCGGAUCGUUCUUCUCUCCACUUCUACAAUGCCUCGUCGUCGCGCUGCGGUCCUUCCGCAGGUGUCUCGAAUUCUGCAUCUCGAAACGAAGACGAUUUCUUCUGGAUGGUGAAGCGUCGCGCCGAGGAGCUGCGCGACAAGUCCGGGGAGAUCGGGCGCCGCUGCGCCGCGUUUCAGCGGGCCGAGGGCCUUGUUUCUUCUUCCAGAGGUUCUGGCCCUCACCAGGAAGAAGCGAAGCUGGACAUGCAGCGCGAGAACCCUCGCGGGGCGGACCCCACAGUCUCCCCGGGGCCAGACGACGCGGGACAGCGAGACGGCGAGGGCCUUGCGGCGGGACCCAACGGGCGCGUCCGCGAGGCCGGAGACAGGAGACAGCCUGUGGGGACCGAGGCGCCGCUGUCUCUGCUUUCGUCGCUGUUUCCGUCCCUCGCAGGCGACUCGCGGGGCGACAGACGGACGCAGAAGGGUCCGCGAGACGACGGGGCGUCGAGCGGAAGCCAGGCGAGCAGUGAAGAGAGCACGAAAGGGACAGUCAACCACAAGUGCCGAGACGACAGCAAACUGAUCAAUUUGUGCGCGAACCCUUCGGACAUGUGGUACGGCCUGACAAUGUCGGAUGGCAAACCGGUAUGCGUGAGGCCGCGCCCCAACAAGUGGCAUGCGAACAACACGCGGAGACAAAGGAAGCAGCACAAGGACUUGCAGAAACGUCUCGCGCAGGCACAGACCAAAGCGACUGUCUCCCAGGCCGCUCCGUCUCGGUCCGCUUCCGGGCACUUUCCCAGCAAGAAGGCGGCGGGCGCGUCUGCCCACCGAGCUUCUGGAGGCGCCGCGCCCAAUUCCCACACCGUUCGGUACCCUCACCACGCCGGCAACGAGGCGAGUGUGAGUGCAGGCCUCGGCGCGGCUUCGAGUGUCCCUUCCGUCUCUCUCGGAGGGCCGGUGACGCCCGUCGUGGGAUCCAGCGGCUUCGUGCAUCCAACCAGGAUGAGCCUUGUCGCUGGUGUGGGCGCGUCUGCAGGCGCGACGCGGUCGCCCCGCGUCGGGCCUGCGUCGCUUGGAAAGGGUGAAGAAGGAAGAAGAGACGCGUUCUCGCUCCCCGUGGCGUUUCCUGUCUCUGGAGAGUCCCAGCGGGGCCAAGCCCCCGGAACGCUCCAGACAGCGACCGCGCAGGGCGGCCAGCCCGCGCGAGAGCGCACCAGCACGAUCCACCGCCGCCACCGAGAGCACAAGAAGCGCGGCAGAUCCUCUUCCUCGACCGCAGCCACUGGAGUUGCCUCUCCGUUUUUCCCGCCGGUGCCCGCUGUGGGCGCAGCUGGGGGCCCGCAGUUCGGCGGCAGUCCGGGCACUCCAGGCGUCGCGGGAGGGAGCGCCGCACACGCGGCGCCGCUGCCCCAGCACGGCAGCACGCGAGGCCGGAGGAGACACCAUCGCCACCACUCGAAGAAGAGCGCGGGACACGGGCCAGGGACUGCGGCCUCAAGCUUGCCUGCGGGCCCCGGGUUGGGCGCGGCGGGCGUGCAGGAGCCGAGUCUCGGAUAUGCGUUCUCGCCGCCCCCACCGAGUUUUGGACCGGGCGACCGAGAGAGAGAGAGAGAACACCCCGGCGGUGGUGCCUCGGACGAUGUGGCGCGUGUGAACCACGCUGGCGGCGACCGAGAGAACGGGGGGAGAGGAGCGGAAGCAAACCGCGUCGUCUUUGUGGCGCUGCCUGGACUCGGAGCAACAGGGCCUUCCGGGACUGCGCGGCCAGCGCGGACGUCGCCCGCGCCACUGAUGAAGAGCUUCGCUUUUCAGGCGGGCUCGGGGUUCCCUCAGAGCACAGGCGGGCCACCGGGCGGCGCAGGCGAAGGGCGCGGAGGCGCGCAGCGGCCGCUGAGGCGCGCGCGCCUCGAUGAAGCAGGCAGCUUCGUCCCGAUUUGUCCCCCGGGGAAAGGUGCGGCAGGCCGCUCGCCGCAACUGGGGCCCGUCGCAUUUCCGGGAGAGUUCAAGAUGCCGCGGCCGGUCGUUUUCCCCCCGGGAGAUCGCCGCCACCGCCUACCCAAAAAGCUCCGCGCCGGAGGCUCAGGCCCUGUCUCCGCGGGAGUUGCCUCGGGAGGCGCCGGCGCGCAGUUGGGAGCGGGCGGCGGGGCGGGCUGGGUGCCCAGCGGCGGCGGGCGACCGGACACUGACAAGGGACUAGGGUCUGUGGGGCGCGCAGAAGACGUUUCGGCGACGGCUGCAGCUGCGGCGAGUGGCGACACCGACGCAGCUGGAGCGCUCGGUUCGGACACUGCGAAAGACGAAGUUCGCGAAUCGGAGCAGACUGCUUUCGCCUUGUCUUCGUCUUCUCGUCGGCCAGGCGUGCCGUCGUCUCCCGAAGUGUGCAUCUGUCGACCUCUGCCGUCCUACGGCGACCUUGAGGGAUACGAGGAAGGGCGCAAUGGCGCGAAGCAGCGCGCGGCUAGAGGCUCUCAAGUCCCGUCAACAACGGCCGAGGAGAGGUGCGCGUCGUCCCGCGAUCAGCCCGCAGCGCUCGCGUCUGGCUCGGCCUCGGCGGCGCCGGCUCCGCGGCCAGCGUCCACUUCAGGGUACGGCGUCGUGGUAGAAACAGGGACCGUGGGUGUCCCCUCCUCGGCGUGUCUCUUCCCGUACCAGCGCAAGAGUGCUCCGCCUCACACGCCUGUCUCUUCGGAGAGACGAAGUGGGAGCGGCGGUGCCCCGCGCAGCCGCAGGCGCGAAGACCGGAGCGGCGCUGGAAAGAAACGGACCGGAAAGAAACCGAAGAAGUCGAGAGCCGGCGAACCGCAGAGAUGGACAAGUGCGCGAGAACGCGUGCAGUGGCAUCUGGCCAAAAGUCGCGGCAUGAUUUGA